CGCCGAUGAAUCCGUGUCGUCGGCGCGAUCUCCCGACUCCAUCUACUCGGACCCCAUUUGGGAGGCCUUCAGGUACUGCGAUCAGCGGGUCAGCGAGUUCAACUCCGUCAACGUCGUGACCGCCGUCCACCGCAUCGCCAAGGCGUCGGGGUCUAGCGCGGCCCUGGGCUCGCGCAUGCUUGACCUCCUCGCGCGGUCUGCCCGCCAGGACGACGCCACGCCACAGGCCCUGGCGAAUACGGCGUGGGCGCUGGCACGCUUGCAGGUGCGUCUCCAGCCGCUGCUGGAGGCCAUCUCCUCCUCGGCCAUAAAGCGAAUUGAGCAGUUCGGGCCACAGGACGUGGCCAACACGACGUGGGCCUUCGCAGCGCUGCGCUGGGAGGACGGUCCCCUGCUGCAUGCGCUGUCGGCUGCCUCCAUACCAACUUAGCUGGAGUGCAGCCCGCAGCACCUGGGCAGCACGGCGUGGGCCAUCGCGCAGCUGGAGUGGUGCCACGACCCGCUCCUUGAGGCUCUGUCGUCGGCUGCGGUAGCGAAGUGCGCUGAGUUCCACUGCCGGGGUCUCUCCAACCUCGCCUGGGCGUUCGCUACCCUUCGCUGGCACCACCCGCCGCUGUUUGAGUCUCUGGCUGCUCAGGCGAUGCGGAUCAUCGGCACGGCGAAGCCGCAGGAGCUGGCCAACCUCGCUUGGUCGUGCGCACACCUGCUGUUCGAGGACCCACGACUGCAGCAGGCCAUCGCCACCGCGUCCAUGGCUCUGCUGCCGAAGUUCGUGCCACAGGACCACUCCAACCUGUCGUGGGCGUUCGCUGUGCUGAGGGAGGCGCACGUCCCUUUGCUCGAGGCGGGGGCCACCGCUGUGACGGAGCGCGUCCCCGAGUUCGAGCCGCAGCACCUGGUGAAUACCGCCUGGGCCUUCGCCACCCUGCGCCGGCAGGACGCGCCGCUGCUGAACGCCAUCGCGGCCGAGGCGCUGAGGAGGAGCCCUGGCGCGUUCGUGAUGCAGGGCCACGCCAGCCUAGCCUGGGCGUUCUCGCGCCUGCGCUGCCUGCACCGGCCGCUGCUCCACGCCGUCGCGUCUCACGCAGCCGCCAGCCUGGCGCCGCGCGCUGGCGGCCCCGCGCACGCGACGGUGGAGGAGCCGUACGUGGGCAUGGUGCUCUGGGCGCUCUGCUUCCUGCCCGACCUGGAGCAGGCCUGGGGGCUGCUGGCGGCCUGGGGGUCCACCGGCCGGCGGCUGCACGGCCUCAGCCUUGGGGGCGCCGUGGCCGCCUGCCAGCGGCAGGCGUGGCGGCUGCGCGAGGCCUGGCUGCUGGAGGAGCACCUCGUGCGCGGCGGGCUCGCGGCCGCCGCCGGCGCCGUGGCGGCGGCGCUGCUGUGCGAGGCUGGGGAGCCCCGCGCCGCGCUGCGCGUUCUCCGCGCGCUGGGUGAGAGGGGCGCUUUUAACGCCGCCUGCUCGCGCGUCUGGGCCGCCUGCGGUGGGGCUCCGGGCGAGUUCGUGCCAUCGGCCGGCGGCUCGGGCCCAGCGCGGGGGGAGGCGUACGCGAAGGAGCUGCGGCUCCUGGCCCACGUCCUCGGCACCGCCAGCGCAGGGGACGUGGGCUCCGUCUGCGCCGCCGUGGAGGGGUUUGGCCAGGAGGCGCUGCCAGGCUCGAGCCAGUGGCUGAAGGUGGCGGGGGGCGCGAAGGCGCAGGUGCUGGCCGACGCGGCCCUUCUCGCUCCCAGCGGCGGCGUCGUUCUGGAGGUUGGCACGUACUGCGGCUACUCGUCUGCGCGCCUCGCGGCCGCUCGGCCACCAGCCAGGCGCUGGGGCCUCCCGCAGGUCGUGACCGUGGAGGUCGACGCCGCGCACGCCGUCAUUGCCAGAAACGUGCUCAUGUUCGCCGGCCUCCACCACCGCGUGGAAGUGCUCACGGGCCACAGCGAGGACGUGCUCCCCUGGCUCACAGAGCGACUGCGCUGCCAGGCCUCCAGCCACGAGGCAAGGCUGGCCGUAGACUUCGCGUUCUUGGACCAGCGGGGGUCUCGAUACGAGGCCGACCUGGCGGCUCUCGAGGAGGGCCGUGCGCUCAGCGAGGGCGCCGUCGUCGUGGCGGACAACGUGCUGAAGCCGGGCGCACCCCUCUUCUUGUGGCACGUCUGCCGGGGGGGCGCGUACUCCACGCGGGUGCUCUCCGUGCCUGAGUUCGCCAUGGGAGGCGUGGAGGACUGGAUGACGGUCAGCACCCGUCUGUCCGAUGACGGCAUGCCCGGGGCGCCAGGGCCGCCUGCUCCGGACGCCCUGCGCGCCCUCGACAAGAAGGCCGACCGCAUGCGCUCGCGCGCCCACGCGCCAGACCUGGGCGGCGGCGGCAUCGGCUUCGACGAGUGGGCGGGCUUCGCGGCGGAGAUGAGCCAGGAGCUGGGGAAGGCUGGCUUCUCGGCGCACUCCAGCGUAGUGGCCGUCGAGCCCUCGGCGUGCGCCCGCGCGGCAGGGAGCGCCCGCGCGGGUGAGCCGAGCGGCUGA